UUUAAAAAAAAGACCUGCUCUUUUACCAAGGACCCGCUAACAUGGGCCGCGUUCGCACCAAAACCGUGAAGAAGGCGGCCCGGGUCAUCGUAGAAAAGUACUACACGCGCCUGGGCAACGACUUCCACACUAACAAGCGCGUGUGCGAGGAGAUCGCCAUCAUCCCCAGCAAAAAGCUCCGCAACAAAAUAGCAGGCUAUGUCACGCAUCUGAUGAAGCGGAUUCAGAGAGGCCCAGUAACAGGUAUCUCCAUCAAGCUGCAGGAGGAGGAGAGAGAAAGGAGAGACAAUUAUGUUCCUGAGGUCUCAGCCUUGGAUCAGGAGAUAAUUGAAGUAGAUCCUGACACUAAGGAAAUGCUGAAGCUUUUGGACUUCGGCAGUCUGUCCAACCUUCAGGUCACUCAGCCUACAGUUGGGAUGAAUUUCAAAACGCCUCGGGGACCUGUUUGAAUUUUUUCUGUAGUGCUGUAUUAUUUUCAAUAAAUCUGGGACAACAACAACAACAAAAAAAAAAAAAAAAAAAAAAAA